UCGAUCGUGACUUAAGGAACGCACUCUAGGCUGCUUGCAACUAAUGUAGAACGACCUUAAUGAAAAUCGAGCGUGUGAGCAAAGUAUUAAAGUUUGAAAAUUAUGUGCUAUUGUUAAAUUAACAAAAAGUAUACCAAUUUCGGUUACAGCAUAAUGUCAACACGAUGGUAUCCGUUGUACCAGAAAGGUAAUCCACAAUUGAGAGUAUUUUUGCCCAAUUUCUGGAUGAAAUUGAUUGCUCCCGAAAGAAAGCAGCCACCAAAUGUAGUUCAGUUCUAUUGUUCGAUGGAAAUGACUAUAUAUGAUAUAAGAAAUUAUCUGGAAAAGAUUUAUAAUGUCAAAGUUAUGCAUGUAAAAACUAGAAUAGCGCUUGGAAAAACCAAAGAGGAUAACAGGCAAUGGAAUGCUAUCAUUAAAGAAGACGACAGGAAAUUAGCCUAUGUUAUACUACCAAAGGAUCAGAAGUUUGAAUUCCCUCAGUUAUUCAAGGAAGAUUCGAGUGAGACGGAAGAAAAGAAUAUAAAUGAAGCUAAAAAAGACUUGCAAAACUUUAUAGACCAGAGCAAGGCACCUGAUAUGCCUGGUUGGUUCAGAAUUUAAUGUAUAUUGUAAAAUAUUUAAAGAUUUAUAUAUAUAAAUAAUGUAUUUGUUAAUA